AUGCGUGUUUUCCCCUCGCUCAACGCAGCUUUGCUAAUGCGGUUUCGCUUUGCGCAGUCCAGCUUUGCUAGUGUUUUCCGGGUUAUUUUUGAUGGGGUUCCUGGCGCGGUGCCUCUCAGCCCCCGGCCCGCACGGUCCCGCCGAGCUCUCUGCGCUACUCACGGAGCGRUCCCUGUGCCCGUGUCCCGGCGGGAUCCUUGGAGCCGGCGGCCUCGGAAYGCCUUCCGCUUCCCGGAACAGAUGUCCAAAGUGGCACUAAUGAAAGACAUCACUGAUUCUCUGGAAACUGGGAUGAAAAGAUUGACAAGAAAAAUACURGAUUCUGAAAUUGAAAUACAGGAAGCUGAGUAUGUUUCUCUUAGUUUACUGAAUGAAAAGACAGAACUGUCUUUCAGAGACUCAGAAGCCUUGUUAAGAAAAAAACUUGUAAUGCAACUUAGCCAAGAGAAAAUUAUGCUUUCAGAUGAAAGAACUGAAAGGGUGUUGAAUGAGAAAAUAAUUUCAGAUUUUGAGAUCUUGAUUUCAGAGCUGGACCAUUCCACAAAAAAAUCUGCUGAAGAAGUCUCCAUCUUUGAGAAAGGUAUCACCAGUUUGCAUCAACAGCUACAAGAAACCAACAAAGAACUCACACAGACCAAGAAGAAGAGAGAAUCAUUAGCUCAGGAGAACAACACAUUACAAGAGCAUCUUUCUAAUAUUAAGCAAGAAAUUCAGGUAUUAUAUUAAAAAAUAGCAAAGUGGCAAAAUGGGCUUGAUGAUAUGAAGUUGAAAGCCCAGGAUUCUAACACAGGUAUUGUCAGGCUAAAGGGUGUGCUGAAGUCUAAACUUAUUGUAAAUUAUUACAUAAACAAUCUUUUUGUGUUCAGGAGAGAGAACUGCAUGCUCUUGGAGAAUUACCGCAAAGUCUGUGAACAAGGAGAAAGCUGGGAAGCAAAAUGCCAUCAAGCAGGAAGAGGCUUUUCCUCUGUUAGACUGGCACUGAUCAGUGGAGAGUCUGAGAACCACAGUUGGAAAAGGAAAAUAGAGUCYCUUGAAACACAGAUGGAGCAAUUGGAAAACAAGGGUGAGUCAUACCAUUCUGAAAGAGAGCUGGUGAGAAAACAACUGGGAAAUGAAAGGACAUCUAUGAAAAACCUAAUCCUGCUUGUGCCCAAUUGUGAGAAAGUAUUUCAGUCACAGAGAGAAAAGCAAGAGAAAGACUCUGAAAUUCAGUUUCUCAGCUUGGUUCAAUUGAAAAUAAUCUGUCAAAACAGAGCAGCUCAGCUAGAGUCAGAACUGGAUAUCACCRAAAGACAGCUGGGGACUGAGUGCUUUGAAAGGCAAUAAUGUUUGUUUAGGGAACUUCAGGAACUUCAAUGCCAGAGUUGUACAAAUUCAUAUCAGUUAAGCUCUACAUUACAAAUAUCAUCACCUCAACAUUCCCAUCAUCAGUCUCCUGAUGAGUCUCUGGAGGAGCACCUGGAAGGCUCUUGGUUCCACAACAUUUAA